CCAAGUUCAAGAAAAGAUUCAAGAAUUCGCAGCUAUGUUGGAUUGAGUACUUCGAGGGUCGCUACGCCUUAAUCCAUCCAAGGCCCACUGCAGCUAGCUUGUACUUGGAUUGGGAACCCCUCCUCUUCACUUCGACCCAGUCUCAAAUCCCUUGUAUACCCCACGAGUGCAUCUCCUGCUUGCCUAUAGAUCAGUUGCAGCAUGCCUUUGAAGAAGAGAGUUCCCGCUCAGCACGACACCUCGCGUGCCGACCGCCCCGCACCACCGCGUCCGAAUUGGCCACCCUUCAAACGUCUAGUCUCCCCAUCCGACCUCUCCCUCCAAGUCCGACUUCCCGGCCAGAUAAUCACCAUACCCUCAUUCUGGCCCGCGAAGCUGUGCAAAGACUACGUGUCCUUCCUCUCCACGCUUCCCCUCACUACCACGCCUGGCAAACCGAAGAAGGGCGACGCCGUACGUGUAAAUGAUCGCUUUGAGGUCGAGGAUGCGGCGUUUGCUGAGCGCCUGUGGAGCGAGACCGCAUUGCGAGACUUGGUCUUGGGACACAGUGUGGCCGAAGAUGCUGCAGACGGCGACGGACCGAGUCUCAACGACGAAGAACGAGUGGCGCUGUGGGGUGAUGAAGUGGUUGGGCUAAACCCAAGAAUUCGCAUAUAUCGCUACAAAAAAGGCCAAUUCUUUGAUAAACACUACGACGACUCCAACCAGGUCACCAUUCCCGGUUCGCCUUGUAUUCCUGCAAAGACGACCUGGACCUUUCUCCUCUAUCUAACAUCCGCCGCAACUGGCUGCAUUGGCGGCGAGACCGUCUUCUACCCGGAAUCCCCGUCGGGACGCAAGAAGAAGAACGAACCCCAGCCGGAGCCCGUCGUCGUAGACCUAGAGGUUGGGAUGGCUCUGCUACAUCGGCACGGGUCCGAGUGCUUGCUUCAUGAAGGACGGGAGGUGCUGCAAGGGGAGAAAUGGGUUAUACGGAGUGAUCUCUGCAUUCGAAGGUGAUAUUGCAGCGUCUUCAUGUAGUUUCCGUAGAUAGAAGGCUCAUGUAAACAAACGUCAUUUGGCUCACAAGUCACUUAUGCCACGCGUAAUCAACCACCACAAUGCGAG